UUUCGCCUUUCACGCCCGUGGUCCGGCCUGUGACUCCUCGCCGCUUUGUGCUUACCUUUGGCUCAGCUGUGCACAGCACAAUAGUAUUUUUCAAUUUUGCAGAACAUCUGUUGCGCCGUCGUUGAACCAUGGCGCCGGGAAUUUUACAGGAUCCUGGCUUUUCGCCCGUCGAAUCACAGCCCGCCAAAAAGAGAAGACUUACAGUUCCAGUGCAUGUCGAACAGGACGACGAGGAAGUGGCAACAGCUGUGCCCUCGCAUCCGUUGGGUGUCAAGCCGGCCGGGAAUGCGUACACAGCAACGGUGAACCUCAAAUCAAGAUGUGGAUCUUUUGCAAGGCUGCCUGAUGAGCUGCUGAACCACAUUCUUGAGUCAUUCGAUGCCGACGCUCUCAUACGACUUGGGAGUACGUGUCGGGCGCUGUACGCAUUCACUAGGCUGGAUGAGUUGUGGAGGGCCUUAUUCGUAGGAUCCUCCCCCGAGAACUUUACAUGGCGAGGGACAUGGCGGGCCACAUAUCUGAACACACCAGCCGAGAAGGUGACAAACAUUCGCUGCGAGAAUCUCUUUUCAGACGUUCUCUAUCGCCCCUUCCAAUGUGCACAUACCUCUCUCAAUCCCUAUGUCACGAGAAUCCCAGCAGCCAACGCCAUCGCUCGCCUACCCGACCUCACACCUGAAGAGUACUCCGCCAAAUGGACUGACAAACCCUUCAUCCUCACCGAGCCGGUCAAGGCCUGGCCUGUGUACGGCAAAUGGACAUCCCAGUACCUCCUCGACAACUUCCCCGACACCAAAUUCACCGCCGAGGCCGUAGACUGGCCCAUGUCAACCUACACCACCUACAUCAACAAUAACACCGACGAAUCGCCCCUCUACCUCUUCGACCGCGCCUUCGCCCCCAAAACAAACAUCGACACAUCGCUACCCCCCCCACCACCCCAACGCCGCCUACUGGACUCCGGAAUGCUUCGGCCCCGACCUCUUCAGCGCCCCGCCCGCAGCGGCUCGACCUUCCACAAAGACCCCAACGCCACCUCGGCCUGGAACGCCGUGCUCACAGGGUCAAAGUACUGGCUCAUGUUCCCGUCGGGCGGCGCCCACGCCCCGCCGCCGGGCAUCAUCGUGUCGGACGACCAGAGCGAGAUCACCGCCCCGCUCAGCAUCGCAGAGUACCUGCUCACGUUCCACGAGCUGGCGCGCGCCACGCCCGGCGCCAAAGAGGGCAUCUGCUAUCAGGGCGAGGUGCUGCAUGUGCCCAGCGGCUGGUUCCAUCUCGUGCUCAACCUGGACGAGAGUCUGGCGCUGACGCAGAAUUUCGUACCCAGGGCUCGGGUCGCGGAUGUGCUGGGGUUUCUGCGCGAUCAGAGGGAGCAGGUGAGUGGGUUCAAGGAGGAUGUGGCGGAUCGUGCGUUUGAGUUGUUUGUAGAGAGGUUGGGUGAGGAGCAUCCUGAUGUGUUGGCGGAGGGGAUGGAGAAGCUGGAGAAGAGGAGCAAGCAGGGACGGGGAAGGUGGGAAGAGUUGACGAAGGGCGGCGAGGACGGAGAGGGCGGUGGGGGGACCUUUAGCUUUGGGUUUGCAGGGGACGAUAGCGAUGCUGAUAUCCCGUGAAUGAACCCGGUGGCACGUGUGUGAGUAGCAAUUG